AUGGAGCAGGUGAGAGAGGGGGUGCUAGAGGUCCCACCGUCCCCUGCACCUGAUGUGGCAGAAAGUGACCCUGUGCUGGCCAGCAAUACAUCAGUGAAACCUGAGGAAGAAAAAAAGGAGCAUCUUCCAGCAGGCUUACAUCCCAGCAGAUGGAGAACAUCCCAAAGGAGCUCCAGCAGAGCCUCUUGGAAGACCUCCAAGAGCCCAGCAGCUCAGGGAACAGCAAAGAACUCCACAUCUAUUAAAUGCCGGGCAUCUCUUUCUGCAAAGUGUAUUCAGACUAAAAGACAGAGCAAACAGAAUCUCCAGGCCAAAACUCCCCCCGCUCAGGGCCAUCAUUCAAGAAAACUUGAAGAGGAAAGAGAAGAUGGCUCUGCCACCAAAGACCCCAGAGCGGGGCAUGAGCCAAGAGGGAGGAACGGCACUAACUGCCUGUGUACAACAUCCAGGCAGAGGGAGUCGGAGGACAACAAAUCCAUUUCAAAUGCCAAAGAACCAGUAGCAAGCCAGCACCAAAUGCCAGGCACCAGAGUGCCUGGAUCUCCCUGGAAGACCACCAAAGCUAGCUGUGAAAAAGCCAAGGCGACCUGCAGCAGAUUAAGUGCCAAAGAGUCCUUAUCAUCAUUAGGGCCUGAUAUGAAAGCAGAGUGGAAGCUGCUUCUGCAGAAGAGAGACAGCUUGAUCCAUGAAAACAGCAAAUAUAAAUUUUCCAGUGCAGAUGAACUUGCCAGCAAUGAAGAGGAACGGCGAGCUCUGUGCAAGGCAGCACUAAUCAUAGGACAGAAAAGACUCAGCGACCGCACUGAGAUGCUAAAAAAGCGCCUGGAGUCUUCAACAUUUGCUGAAUACAAUGAGCUGGGUUUUAACCUGAGGUCAAAUAUCUUCCAAGGUGGCCCACUGGAGAGCAGGAGCUUGAUGAAAGAUUCCUACACCCCCGAUGUAAUUCAGAAGGCGAUCAGGGAUCCCAAGAAUUGGCAUGGAAGGAGGACUGAUGAGCUAGGGAAAUGGCAUCAGAAAAAUGCCCUAAAUCUCAACUUGCAGAAAGCGUUGGAGGAGAAAUACGGGAAGAAAAAAGGCAAGCUUUAG